ACAUCCUAAACCGCUGCUCUCCUUUGUCGUCUUCUUCCGCUUCUUCCUCUCUGUUCCUCUUGGGUGUAACGAUUCUUCUGGUCUUUGUUAGGGCAAGGAGAAGGCACAGAGAUAUGGAGGCUUCUAAAGGCUUCGUUGGUUGGCUCCUCGUAGCUGAGGUUUUGUUGGGGUUGUUGGUGGAUUCGACUGGGGCUUACGUCUUCUAUGCUGGAGGGAGGGAUGGCUGGGUGCUGCAUCCUUCUGAGAGUUACCAUGAUUGGGCCGGGAGGAAUAGGUUUCAGGUCAAUGACACCAUCGUGUUCAGGUACAAGAAAGGGAGUGACUCGGUUCUGGUGGUGACGAAGCAGGAUUAUGAUGCGUGCGACGUGAGCAAACCGAUCCAGAAGCUUGAUGGAGGCGAUUCCGUGUUCAAGAUCGAUCGGUCGGGACCUUUCUACUUCAUCAGCGGCGCGCCAGGAAAGUGCAGCCAGGGCCAGAAGCUGGUGGUGGUCGUCAUGGCUGUGAGACAGCCUCCUUCCGAGCCCUCUGUUCCCUCUCCUGCUUCACCACCACACAUCCCUCCAUCGCCAACUCCGGCCGCUUCUCCUUCCCCUUCCGCUUCAUCCCCAAAGCCCAGCACCCGUCCUCCGACCCCGCCGCCAUCAGCACACGCCCCUGCUUCACCACCAUCCACAGCUCCCGCUGCAGGGUCCCCUCCUCCGACUUCUUCCGAACGCGGUGGGUUCGCUCCGGCGCCAGCUCCCUCCGGACCAGCCGCCGACAGUACCUCCUCCUCCUCCUCGAACGCGUUCAAGAUGCCCACGGUACUGAUAGUGCUCGUGAUGCUCGGUGCGUCCUUCCUCGCCUAAUGCCCGUGCGGCUGUUCAUGUACACCCAGCACGAUGCAUAGCUUUGGAUCUACUUUGCUUGUUAGUCAGUUGUAAUGGUGGAAUCCUAUGGAGAUGGAUGAAGAAGGUUACAGUUUCAUCCAACUCUUAUUCCGUUGU